AUGUCCAUCAAAGAAGACAGCUUUAGCAACGCCAGCGAUCGAAGCGAUAUUCACGAGGAACCCACACCAUCCGCCGGUUCCCCGACCGUGGCCUCCAAUCCCAGCUUGCGAUAUGUAGACGCCCCUCUAGACUCGAUGGCUACCGAGAAAGCUGCCACUAUCAAUCAACGUUACCCCACAGCAUCAGCAGAGGAGAAGACAAGUAUACUUAACGAUGUCAUGGCACAGGUCGUCUACGAGCGGGGGUGGGAUGCAGGGAGUAUAAUGAUGUUUGAGAGUACUGGAGCGGGCUCUGUGGUGGGAGAGAAAGCUGAAGGGGAGUGGAGACCGGCGAGGACACAAGGAUGGACGGGGGAUGCUGGGCUUAAUGCGCGAGUGGCGGUCCUUGAUGGAUACUCGAAGCCUGAUGACGAGAAUGCGGGGGAUCCCGGCGCUGAUAGUGAUGACGAAGAAAGUUUCAUUGUGUACUAG